AUGGACAGCCCAAUCUUCCUUCAAUGGCAGCAAUGGGAAUCUCGAGUGCAAGAAUGGUUAAAUCAACCUGAAAAUGAAUUAGAUUUGCUGGAUACUACCUCCUUCGAUCGAGUGAUAUUGACUAUCUUGGCUAUAAAAUAUGAAGCUUUGUAUCAAGAUAUGAGCCCAGAAACCAGAUUCGCUGUCACGAAGCAACAUGGUGAGCGUUUAUCUACCGUUCGACUUUCAAAAACCAAAGUAUCAGAAGUGGAAGAGCCAAAAGAAGAUGACCAAGCUAAAUCAAACCUAUUCAACAAAUUCACCGAUCGUAUUUUAAGUCCGCAACAAGUGAGUAUUGAAACUUCAUCAGAAUGGCAAGAGUUUGAUCAAUUAUGUAAAUGGCAUGGAGUAGCAUUCGUCCAACGAUUUGCACGAUGUCUGCCUCAGUUUCUCGUCGAAUUAAUAUCUAUGACUUCGGCAUAUCAGGAAUUAAUUCACAAGAGCGCUAUAGUUUCAUCUAUACCUGGAAUUGCGAGUCAGGUUUAUCGAAAGAACAAUAUCGGUGAAAUUUUUCUCAGUAUUGAUAUGAAAUCCGCAAAUUUUGCUAUGCUCCAGCACAUACAUGCCAUCGAUGCUCAUAUGUAUCCGAAUUGGUCGGAGUUUUUAUCGGUAUUUGUCGGACAAAGAUCUUUAGUCAUAAACAGCAAAAAAUUACGACAGCAAUCCUUGGGUCGUCUGCCUGAGUUUUACAAACUAGAAGCACUUUGGAAACAUUUUAUGGUGUUUCGUGGACGUGGCCGUGGUCGUGGAACAAGCCGAGGCCGAGGUGGUCGAGGAGCAAGCAGAGGUCGUGGUAGAGUCAACACUCGUGGCAAUUUUCGUGGAAGGUCUCGAUUUGUCCCUCCUCAAUCAAUGAAUAUUGAGCAACAAACAAUACCAGUCAAUCCUCCAGUGGAUCUUGAUAUUAAUGUUGAUGCUAAACCAUUUUUUGUUAAUGCAAAUGUUACAGUCGAUCAACAUAUCCAAGCUCAAACAACAAAUUUACCUCGUUAUUUAGCUAGUUUAUUUGCACUCAAUGAAAAUAGUGUCGAAAUUGGACAGAAAGCUAAAGCUUGUGUAUUAGCUGCUGCUUGGGGUCGACAUGAUCAUAAAUUAGCGAAUGAUCUUUUACGUCAUCGACAUUUAUUUACUCUCACUGAAGUACUUAAAGCAGUGACUAUGCUAGAUGCUGGUCGACAAAUUCGAGUUUAUGAAAAACAACUUAAACGUCUAGAAUUAAGUAAAACAAAAUGUAAAGCAACAAAAUUAGGUAAAAUUAAAAACAACAUUGAUAAUUUAAAUAAACUCAAAGUAUCAAAUGGAUCAGCUAGUGGUGGUAUUGCUCGACAUAUUCAACGUUGGACUCGAACAUUAACUCAACAAGAACUUGAAUAUUUUGCAUUACAUAUGCCAACAGAACCAUGGAGAAAAUUAGCUGAUAUUGUUCAUUUUAAUCCUACUAAAGAUUUUCCAGCGUUACCAUGGUUUUUACCAUUUUGUUUUGGUACACCAGCACCGGACGAAACAAUGGUCAAUCGUUGUCGAGAUUUAACAGCUGUUAAUAUCAAUAAUUUAAUUAAAGAAUUUAAAAUUCCUUAUUCACAUUUAAAACAAUUCAAAGAACAUUUAAAUGAUGAAUCAAAAGCAAGAAUUGCCUCAUAUGAAGAGAAAGUAGAUACUAUUUUAUGGUACUAUGAAGAUUUAGAAUGUCCAGAUGUAGAUGAAAUUAUUAGUGAAAGAAUACGAAAUGGUGAACGAAUUACUUUACCAUACGGGAAACUUAUGGAUCGUCUUUUACUUAUUCGUACAUUACGAGAUAAUCAACCGGAUAUUCCAACAUUCUAUCGAAACAACGAAUAUAACCGUGGGCGAGGACGCGGACGUGGUCGAGGACGUGGUUUUGGCAAUGCUAAUAAUCAACAUUCACUUCAAUCGAAAAAAUCUACACUUUAUUCAGACUUAAUAUCAGUAGCCGAAGCUCAACUACAAACGAUUAAAUUACCAUUAGAAUCACCAGUUGGUGUUCUUGCUGAUGCAUCGUAUUCCAUGGAAAUUGCUAUACGUACAGCGACGAUUCUUUCAUCAUUAUUAACAGCAAUCUGUUCAGCAAAAUUGACUUUCUUCCAUGGUGAAAUGUUUCUUCCAUCAUUUACACCAAAAAAUGUUGAAGAUGUUCUUACACUAGCAUUAACAACAAAUGUUGGUGGAGGCACAGCAAAUGCUGCUGCUCUUUUACCAUAUUAUCUUAAUAGAGAAAUUAUUAAAACCUUUAUUAUGGUAACAGACGAAGAAGAAAAUGAAAGUAUUGAAUUAAUUGAUGGAACAAAAACACGAUUCUUUAAAUUAUUUAUGAAAUAUCGUGAAGAAGUUUAUCCAGCUAAAUUAGUAUUCAUUUCAUUUCUUGCUCAUCAACAUGAUCUAGGUCAAAUGUAUAAACAAUUUCAAGAAGCGAAUGUACCCGAUGUAACUCAAUUUAAAUUUAAUCGAGAACGUCCAGAUUUAACAAAACUUGAUAAUCUCUUAGGUUUGUUAUCGACUGGAUCAUCAGGUUUAUUUGAAGAUCGAGUAGGAAAAUUACAAAAUGAUUUUCAACAAGAUGGUGUUAAUUCAGUUCUGAUGAAGUUACUUAAUAAACAAGACGAGAAUGCUGUUCCAAUGGAAUCAGAAAUAACUACGGCGACAACAAACUAA